UAACUCAGCUCUCCGUCGGAGCCGGAGAGGAUCGAGUAAAGUCCGAGUGGUUCCUCUCAGAUUACGGAAGACAACCGAAUACAAUUGGCUAGACUAUCGUGGCCGUGGAACUUGCUUGAACACAUUUUCACGCCACCGCCGUUGCUCCCUUCUUUCUAGACAACAAAACGACGUAAACUCGCUCUGCAUCUACAUCAAAUAAUAGUAACAGUAGCGGUGUAAAUAAUAAUUUAAAAAAAUGAACAAAGGAUUGGGUUUGCGUGAAAUGUGUAACCAAAUUCCUCCUGUUUAGCGUUUAGAGUCUCCCACUCUGAAGUGUAGUUUCCCUUCACGAAGCGAGGAAUGCUAUCUGGGCAUCAAUGUUUCACUGGGGAAAGUGGAAGAAGAGGAUGGGAGCCAAUAGUUCUUCAAAGAGACCCGUUUUUGACGAAAAGGAAGAUGUGAACUUUGACCACUUUCAGAUAUUGCGGGCGAUUGGGAAGGGCAGCUUUGGAAAGGUAUGCAUCGUGCAAAAGAGGGACACGGAGAAGAUGUACGCCAUGAAAUACAUGAACAAACAACAAUGUAUAGAAAGAGAUGAGGUCCGAAACGUCUUUAGAGAGCUUGAGAUUCUCCAGGAAAUUGAACAUGUUUUUUUAGUAAAUCUCUGGUACUCAUUCCAGGAUGAGGAGGACAUGUUCAUGGUGGUGGAUCUGCUCCUUGGAGGGGACCUUCGUUACCACUUGCAGCAAAGUGUCUCAUUCAGCGAGGAUGCUGUUAAACUUUACCUCUGUGAGAUGACACUUGCACUGGACUACCUGCAAAGCCAGCACAUCAUCCACAGAGAUGUCAAACCAGACAACAUUCUAUUGGAUGAGCAAGGCCAUGCUCAUUUGACAGACUUCAACAUAGCGACAAUAAUAAAGGAUGGAGAGCGAGCAACGGCCUUAGCUGGAACCAAGCCAUACAUGGCUCCAGAGAUCUUUCAAUCCUUUAUGAAUGGAGGGAUGGGCUACGCAUUUGAAGUAGACUGGUGGUCAUUAGGGGUGACAGUCUUCGAAGUUCUGCGGGGAUGGAGGCCCUAUGAAAUACAUGCCAGUAACUCUCUGGAGUCUCUAAUCCAGCUCUUCAGCACAGUCAGUGUCCAGUACAGCCCGGCCUGGCCCAAAGACCUUGUUUCUCUCUUGAGAAAGCUACUUACAGUGAACCCUGAGCAUCGAUUCUCCAGCCUGUCUGACAUGCAGAAUUCUCCCUACCUCGCUGACAUCAACUGGGAUGCCAUUUAUGAAAAAAAGAUGGACGCUGGAUUUGUUCCUAAUAAAGGUCGCCUUCACUGCGACCCCACCUUUGAGCUGGAGGAGAUGAUUUUGGAAUCACGUCCCCUUCACAAGAAGAAGAAAAGACUAGCAAAGAACCGGUCCAGGGACAACAGCAAAGAUUCACAGUCUGAAAAUGACUAUCUACAGGAGUGCCUUGAAGCAGUGCAGCAAGAAUUCAUGAUUUUCAACCGAGAGAAGUUGAAAAAGCGUCAAGAAGAGGGUCAUAGCGAGGCUGGUGGAGAUGAUGCCAGCGGGGAUGGCGAUGCGGAGGCUGGCGGUACUGACGACGACGCGGCCGAGCCUGAACCGGAACAGGAACCCGAGCCAGAGCCCGAAUCCUCUUCCAAACUGAGCAUGUGUGGCUCGGUGUGCUCCUCCCCUGGCAGCUGCUAGUGCAGUGCCACAUCAGCUCAUGGAACAGAUGCACUGCAGGACCCAAUUAAUUUUAUUCUGUAGCUCCCUUCCCCGGUAAGGCAAGAAUGAAGCAGAUUCUCCACCGUCUUGUCCGUCCUUCACAAUGCUCCAACUUCUAUGCAAUGUUACACUUCAUUCACAGCAUGACAGAGUAUCACAUGCUAGGAGGUGAAGCAAAAUGCUCUGCAAAUCUGAUGCCAUCCUCAGCAAUAGCUGUUCCUGAUAUUUUGGUGGCUUUGGUGGUUUUAGUAGAGAUGCUUUCCCUCGCCGCCUCUUCAAAAUGAGCCUAGGAUGACUGAAUUAUUCAACGUGCACAGACAGUUUUACAGUUUUAGCUUGUCUCUGCUUCACUCCUCCCCACAGCUUCUCUAAUGUGACGAAUGCCCUAAUUCAAAGCGAUUGUUUUUUUUUUUCAAGAUGUCCUGGUGUGCUCCUAUUGCCGCACCUUCAUAAAGUCAUUCACAUUUAUGCAACAGCGACCAACUUAAUAUUAUUUGCAUUAUUCACAUUUAAACCAUACAUCGAAUAGACGCAGUGUGUCAGAUGUUGUAUAAACUCUGACUUAAGGUAUGUCACAUUUAGGAGUAAAUGUCAAGAAGCUGGAAAUUAGAUUUGCUUCUCAAAAUGUUCUCUUUUUGUUCAGCAAAUGCUCUGGAAAUAGCCAGUGAAAAUUGCCUUCCUGCAGUGCUCAUCCUGGGGAUCGAACUGACUGGCUGUCAGCAUUUCAAAUAGUUUUCACAAUCAAGUCCAAUAAUUGCCAUUUUGGUACGUUUAAGGCGAGACCAUUACUCUCGGUUUAAACACAUGGGAACUUGUAGCAAUGAUCCAACUUAAAGCUCGUCACAAAAUGAAAAACAUGUAAAUAGCGUAACUGGUAGGUAAAUAACGUCACCACAGUUUUAUGUGGGGCUGCAAACUCGACACAUUUAAUUAAACUCAACUAAAGAAAGAAGCUUGUGGAGUGAAUCCUUCGCAUUGCUUCAUUCUGCUCUUCGCUCCAAGUGUGCAGGCACAUCUUGUAGGCAACAUAGGCCAAAGCUUUUCUACCAUUUGCAUAACCAUUUCUAAGGAAGUAUGUGAAUGUACGUGUCUCUCUUCUUUCUGUAUGGCAUGGAUAGUCCACUGUAUAGUCAUAUUGUCAAUAUGUAGAAACUCUCAGAAUUCAGGUACCGGUAAGAAGGGAAUUUGAUGACAUGUAAAAGUGCUGAUUUGGUCUGGGAGCUGGAUAACUUAAUUUAGCUCUGGUAUGACCUAAAAGCUUGCAGUCAGCUGUCAACCUACUCCUACUUUUGAUGUCAUCCAGAGGCACUUGUGUCGAAAAGUUGACGCAAGAGAUUAAAAUUGUCUUAUAUAUAUCGGUCAUAAAUUAAGCGUAUUUACUAUUUUUAGCAAUCGUGUGGGACAUUUAUUAAUGUUUGAACAAGAAGAAAGCUUUGCUAAGCGAGGCUAAUCAACUUUUGAAAACAGAAUAUCUUACAGUGGUACCUCUUUGGUCAAACACAAUUCUAAACAGUAUGUCAACUUCUGAAUUGUUUGGAUUUCAUUAAGUAAUCCAAGUAAAUCAGCUGUACAGCUGUGAAAAUAUGUGCCGGGCUGUAAUUCAAAAAACAAGAGGAUACUCUUUAAAACACUCUUUGACAAGGGGCAAAAGUUACGUUGCUAAUGCAACCAGUAUCAGUCAGCAAGCGCCGUCUCAAUAUAUUGCCACGCAGCUGAAGAAGACGCGUUUCGUUGCCACCACUCUUUCAAUAUUUUUCAUUCGUGACCUAGAAGUGUUUCUCAUGCAAAUUUCCACUGUAAUUAUGACAUUUCAGAGUUAUGAAUGCACACUGUGGUGUGAGGAUACACUGUCGCUUGGCCCAAGGCAGCACGCUCAGUUACUGCGGUAGUAUAUUGUUAUUUUAUGGCCUUGAAGUGUUUAAAACAUAAAUAAAUAAUAUAUUUACUGUAACACAUUAGCGACAGAACUUUCUUCAAAUUUCAAGGACCCCCCCUGUAUCUAAUUUCACAAGAUUUUGACUUCACUUCCAUCUUACUUGGCCGCAUAACAUGCAGUUAAUUCUUUGACGCUUGCUGAACGGAGUUCUUUGAGUAUGCUGGUGUUUGACCCGACAUUCUUUUUGAGCCAAGUUCACCCAUGUCUUGUAAUUAAUUGAUUAAUUUGAAUCAAUAAAUGAAUGAAAAAGUCUAACUGUGGGGUGUGUGAAUAUUGGGGUUCUAACGUAAUUUUGUCCCUUUAAAAUAGUCAGCAUGUGUUUUUCCCCACACGGUUUAAUUCGAAUGACUGGAUUACCAACAUUGAAACGUAGCAUCCUUCAAGUCUGUCAUAUACUCUCUUUAUUUUUAUUUUACAUUAUUAUAAAUAUAUUAUGAUUAUUGUUAUUAUGUUUUGCAUGUUGUGUGGUAUAAGCUUGGUUUUGCCAAAGCCUGGAGCUUCAGCUUGAAUGGCUGAUUUGUGCAUGCACAAGCUAUUGAUGAUAGCAUACCUCAAUGCUCACACCAUUGUUGAUUCCAAGUGCAACUUGCCUGCGUGUCUGUUUUUGGACGUUUAUCUGUACUGAGACGCCUAAACCUGGUGUUCUCCAGACGCCAUGGUGUUGUUGUAUGGUCUGAAUUACAUUCUACGAUCCUGUAAGGUUGUCUUGAUAUUCUUAAUGUUGCCAUAGCAAGAAUGAUUUUGUUUUCUCCAGGACUCCCCGUACAGUCGAUUACUUGCCAUGAUGGUGACUACAGUUUGACAGUAGUAGUAAACAUACAUUUGUUGCCAAGCUGUAGGACAUGAAAGAAACCAAGCCCACGCGCUAUACACAAAUGCGGUUGCAUUUCAGAGAACCUCCGUUUAUCGCGGGGCAUAUGUUCAGAUGACGUCAUAUAAAAAAUGGUUUUAUAUAGUUUUACACCGAGCACACGCUUUCAACAAUUUGAACAUGUUAGUUGGCACAUUUUAAACGGAUGUUAAAUGUGUUUGAACACAAUAAUUUGCAAGCAUAACCUGUGUUAAAAGAAUACUGUGCAGUAUUGAAAAGUGUGACGUGCUGUGGAUAUGCCAAGAGAGUACUGUAGUUGUGUCCAAGGGAGUUCCAUAGCCAGUUGAGAGUAAACACCAAACUAAGUAACUUCCUUCAUGAAGCAUAAAGUAGUUUUAUCUUCUCCUGAUCGAUCAGGAUCUUACUUCAUCUGACUCUCAGAAACCUUCAACGAUGCAGGAUGGUCAUGGAUUAAAAAACAUUUUUUUAUUGAUUUAUUUCAAACUACAUAUUAUUUUUAUGUUUUCAAGACUGUACAGGACUGAUCCAUCCAUCCGUUUUCUGCACCGCUUAUUCUCACGAGGGUUGCAAGCGUGCGGGCUUAUCCCAGCCGUCUUUUGUAUUGAUGGAAAAAGAAGUCAACCCCUGCAGCCUCAAGUACUACACGUCAACGCCAAACGAUACCGAUAGAUUUGCCAAUCGUGCCUACUCCACAUGAGAGGUGUCUUGUCUUGUCCUCCAAUAUUAUUGCACUUCAAUGUAGGUGAACAGACGUUGCGAUGGCGAUUAGAACGACACUCCUCUGAUCAGACCUACCAUCAAAAUGCGUUCAAUGCAUUAAUCUAGUGUUCAAUUACUUCAUAUUCUUGCUUCGAUGUUCAAAUAUCAAGGCUCGUGCACUUUCUGGGUGAGUUGUUUGAGGGGUUCCUUUCACUUCCUUCUGCACAGAAGAAAAUAUUGCAUAUGGAGGGGGGGUGUCUGAAAACGGUCAACACGCCAUUGAAAUAAGAUGCAUCACAGGCCUGUGCGCAUUAUGCUGUUUGCCAAUUGUUUUUCAAUGGAUAAUUGAUUUUCACAAUUAGGUGUGGCUUGCAAUGCUAAUCUGUUUUGUUUUUCGAUAACAGUGAUCAUUCCGAGAUGGACAUUGCUUGCUUACCCUCCUGACGUGUUCCUUUCAAGUGUUAAUGUUUGGAUGCUCUUCGGUGUUUUCAAAGCCUUCUGUGCUCGUAUAUGACCAGCAAAGCAUGUCUCCUAAUCAGCCGUGGUCUAAUUCGACGCCCUCAAGGUAUGCAAAAGGGUACAUGUUAUAACUCUGUCGAUUACAGUUUAGAAGUCGGUACCCUGUUACCAUUAAAUUAAGACAAUGAAAUUUGUUUCUCCUUUCCUCCAUGUAAUUCUUGUGCAACAGGAUUUUUAUGAGGUAAACGAUGAAAAGCCUUGUACUGUAAACUUACUGAAACUGCUUUUGUGUUCAUAACAUGCUGCUUCAAAUAAAUCUCCUUCCCAGAA